CAGCAUCCUCGUCGCGCAGCAUCCUCGCCUCACUGCACUUUCCCCAACCCCCUGCUCAUCGUCCGCUGCGUCGCCCUUUUGAUAGCAGAGCAGCCCAACCUUUCCCCCUUGACAUUCCCUCGUCGCUGCCGCUCGCAUGGCUGUGUCCAUUGCAGUCAACUGGACCCCCCCGGCGAGCUCGCCCCUCUUUGAGGAUGACGACAACGUCACGAGCGAUCCGCAGGUCACGCCGACGCCGGUGAGCUCUGCUUCGUCGCCACCAUCGUCUUCGCACGUCAAUGGUGCAGGCCCCGGCCGCAAUCUAGCCCCCCCUGGUGCGGGCAUUGCUCGAUCCUCUUCGCCGCAGCCUCGCUCUUAUGCCGCCGCUGCCGCUGCAGCUCCGAGCUCCUCGUCAGCAUCGUCUCAGCUAUCUACGAGUCCGGCGAGCACGACGGGCCCGACGAGCCCAACGAGCCCGCCCAAGGCGCCAACUCACGCUUCGACACCAAGCCAGCAACAGCAGGCGUCAGGGCCCUCGCUCCCUCAAAUGCCACCCACAGCAGCAUUCCAGCAAUCCUACCCCCAACAGCAGCAGCAGCAAAGAGGAGGCUUCGGCUCCGGCGCUUACCCUCAUCACCCACCGUUCCACCAAGCCGGCAUCGGUCCCGUCUACAACAUGUCGUUCGCUCCGCCUGGCCAAUACUCGUGGGGCGCGCACGCGCAGGCACACACAGCGUCGCCAUCACGUCCAGCGCCCUUGACGUACAAUGACACCUUCAACCAGCAAGGCAUGCCAGGCGUCACCUACGCCAUGGCCAGCAGUCGUGGCACUCUACCACCGGGCGCAAUGGCUCCUUCACCUCCUCCUGCUGCAGGCACCAAUGGCUUCCAUCCUCACCCAUAUCGCCGUGGAGGUGCGCCGAUGACGGCGGCGCCGUCCGCUUCUUCAUCAUCAUCUUCAUCCGCACCCUCGGCGCCCGGCAUGACAGCAUCGCCCUCGACGGCACAACUAGCACCGCGAAAUACCGCCGCCGCAGCCGCAGCCGCCGCCCCUUUGCGACCUGUUGAGAAUCGAUCGACGCCCAUGCGCCAGUCCUCUUCCGACUCUGCACGCCGCAACAAGCGCCCAGAACCUCCCUCUCGCACCGAGAGUACACGCUCGACGUCUUCCGGCAUCGUCACACCUGCCGACGACGGGUCAGUCCCACACUCGCGCUCAGGAUCCGUCUCCUCGCAGAGCUCAGCCUAUUCGUCGACGAGGAGCGACAAGGCAUCGACGAUUGGACGCACGACACCCACGGCAGCUGCAGUCGCUGCCAAGAAGCCCUCGCCCCUGUCCCGACCUGCCGCGCGUGAAGAGGACGACGACGAUACCAAUGCAGACUACGGAGGGAGCGACCGUGAAGAUGCACCGCCAGUCGGGCGGCCCGCCAAGAAGGGAUUCGGCGGCAAGCUGCGCAAGGCCCUGAGCCUCUCGACGAUGAACGAGAUGCAGCAAGCAGAGGCACGACCGCAGAGCAGCACCAUGCCUGCGAGACCUUCGGCUGCACCACCUGGACGCGCACUCCCUGGCUCCAUGUCAUCGGCUCGUAGCGGCGGUGGCUUCGACGCUUCAGAGUUUGGCGGCGUCGGUGCCUCACCAGGUGGCAUCGCCGGCGGCUCGUCUGCGGCCUCGAUCAGCUCGCGCAGGAGCACACGCCCACCUAUCAGCGGCUCGACCGACGGGAGCGGGAAGCGCAGCCUCUUCAAUCGCAAGUUCAACUCGUCGACGGACAACAUCUCCAUCUCCUCGACCGUCUCGAGCGCAUCGGUCAUGCUGCGAAAGGUCGGCAAUCUGGGCAAGAUGGCUCGUCGUCACAGCUUGAUGGGGCUCACCAACAUGUUCAACAAGGACAAGGAGGCAGGCAAGGAAGGUCUGCACGACGACGACUUUGGCACGCUGCCCGUGCCUGCCGACGAGGCGGCCAUUCGUAGCGCGUCUAAGGCGAAACGCUCCAGCCGCAAGAGCGACCCUGCCCUCGCCUCGGUUUCACGCGCCACCGCUGAGCUAGAUCACGGUGCCGACUCGAGUCUCUCCCCCGCAGCCCACUACGUACGCCAGCAUCAGUUGCAGAUGAAGCAGCAGGCGGAGGCGGAGGCCCGACAACGUCAAGAGGCAGAGGCUGCGGCAGCGGCGGCGGCAGCAGCAGCAGCAGCAGCACGACCAAAGGGCAAGACGACGGACGACGUAGUGGAGAGUCGACAGAAGAUGAUCGAAAAGGAAAAGGAGCGUCUCAAGAGCAAGCGAGGAUGGAAGAAUCGACUCAAGGUUGGGGGUAGCAGCAGCAGCAGCGGUGGCAGCGCGGCCGGAGCAGAGCAGGCGCAAGUCCCGACUGGACUCGAGACGAUCCCGUACUCUGCAGACGUGCAGCACGAAGCACCGCAAGACAUCUACGCGGGCGCGGGCGCGCACGUCCCGAGCGACGACUUUGGCGGGGUGCCCGGCUUCGACGCAGAGGAGCUCGAACCACCACCGCGUCUACCCGCGUUGGAGGGCAGCGAAGGAUCAGGCGACGAAGGCGAGACGGACUCUCUGCGACACUGGGGUGAAGGCAUCGAGCGUUCUCGAGCCAGCGCCGCACGCGUAACGUCGCCAAAGAGCAUCCUCAAAAAGAGCGCCUCGUGCGCACAUCUGACGCAGGCGCAGACGCCCAACGACUUUACGCGCCCAUUUGCUGGCAGGGUGCGGGCCAACUCGUACGACACGCCGCAAGCCUCUGCGCCCGGCGCUCCUAUGCUAUCGUCGAUGUCCACCACCACUGCCGGCGUAGACAGGAUGGACGGCGUACCGCGCGGCACGACGGGCGAUGAUGACGCGCCCACCCCACCCAGCGCCGCCGAUGAACCGCGCGCUCCCACGGCAGCGCCAGUCUACGGCCACCACUCCAACUCCUCCAUGCCAACACUCUCCCUCAUCACCAACCCUACCCCGACGACCACCUCGCGCCCCUCGCUCCAGAAGAAGCGCAUCGGAUUCACCGAGGUGCCCAUCUACCACUCGACGUGGCCGGCCCACGUCUACGACCGGCGCGGUGAGCUCGCAACGUGCAAUCGUCUGACGCAGGAGCUCGCCGCGCAGAUCAAGGAGGAGCUCAACUCGUUCAAGAUGGAGGAGAUGGUCGUCGCUCCCAGCAGUAGGAUCUUUACACACUUUUUCGUAUGAGCACGGCGUGCGCGCGCGCGCGCGCGCAACCAAUUGUCUAUAGUCUCGGCAUCAUGGGCGCGCCACCACAACAACAACAACAACACCUUUUUUUUAUCAGCAUCUACGGGCGGCGGGCGCAGUCGGAGAAGACGGUCAUGGCGCGUUGCGUCGCGGCGCGUCGCGUCGGGUAGGACUCUCUUUGUGCGGGCACAGUCACUCCUCUCCUGUUCAUAGGUCUCUGGCGCGGCACGGCGCUCAACCUCAACUUGGCUCAUCAAUUUCAUGCUCAUUAUCAACCAUGAGGGCUGCGUGGAUG